UCUGCCAAGGCGGAAGCCAGUCGGGAUGAGGCGUUGUUGUUAGAGCUUUCUCGAGUCAAACAGUAUCAGCAUAGAAUUGAACAAUAAUAAAACAAAUCAGAAGUCUGAUCCUUGAAGUUUAAGUGUUUAAUAUGGAUACGAAGGAAGAGCCUGUUGGACAACGGUCGAGUACAGCUCAGCGGAAGGUGCGUUCCCGGGAUGCGGCGCGCUGCAGGCGGAGUCUGGAGACGGAGCUGUUCUACGAGCUGGCCCAUACCCUGCCCCUCCCCCGCAGAGUCUCCGCCGACCUGGACAAGGCCGCCAUCAUGAGGGUGACGCUCAGCUUCCUUCGCAUGCACCACCUCCGCUCAGCAGGGGAUACGAGUGAGGAGCGCGUCACAGAUGGGGACGAGGACACGAUGGAUGGGUUCUACCCCCGGGCGUUGGCAGGCUUCAUCAUGGUGAUGACAGAGGAGGGGGAUAUGAUUUACCUGGGUGACAGCGUCGACAAACACCUGGGCAUCCAACAGCUGGAGAUGCUGGGCCAGAGUGUGUAUGACUUUGUCCACCCAUGUGACCAAGAGGAGCUACGGGAUCUCCUGGUGCCUAGGCCAGGUGUAUUCAAGAAGAAACCAGUGCAGCAACACACAGAGAUGAACUUCUUCCUUAGGAUGAAGAGCACUCUGACUAGUAGAGGGCGCACUGUCAACAUAAAGUCUGCCACCUGGAAGGUGCUGCACUGUACAGGCCACAUGCGUGUGUGCUGCAGUGACGAGGACUCGUCACRUCCUGCAGGCAGCUUCAUGACGGUGCUGUGUGAGCCCAUCCCCCACCCGUCCAGUGUGGAGUUCCCUCUGGACCGCAGUACCUUCCUCACUCGACACAGCAUGGACCUGCGCUUCACACACUGCGAGGGCAGGGUGGCAGAGCUAGUGGGAUACGAGCCAGAAGAUCUGAUUGGCAAAUCUGCCUACGAAUUCCAUCAUGCCCUGGACUCGGAUCAUGUGACCAAGAGCCUGCACAUCCUUCUGUCUAAAGGCCAGGUGUGCACCAGCCAAUACCGUUUCCUGGCUAAGAGUGGGGGCUUUGUGUGGGCAGAGACCCAGGCUACAGUCKUCUACAACAACAAGACCUCCCAACCAGAGGCUGUGGUCUGUCUUAACUUUAUCCUCAGUGUGGUGGAGCAGGCAGAUGUGGUGUUCUCAGUAGAGCAGACUGGCUGUGGGCUGAAGAGUGAUCCUGUCUCUGAGGCCUCAGGGGAGACCUUGUGUGACAGUGACAACAGCAGCAGUGGAGAGCUCUUCCAACAGCUGAAGGAGAACCCAGAGGACCUCCUCCAACUGGCCCCUGUCUCAGGAGACCCCAUCGUACCCGUCACAGACUUUGCGGAGCUGUCGUUCAGCCUUCCAUCAAGCCCUGACUCCGCCCCAGUUUUCCCACAGGACCUGUGCACCCCCGAGCUGUGGACGCUCCUCUCACCCAUAUUCGACAAGCCCACCUCAUCACCAACACCAGCGCUGAUCCCCAUUGAGGAGCUGCCAAUAGAGGAUGAGGUGGAGAAGUUGUUUGCCGUCUGUCCAGAAGAGGUCGUGCAGAAGGAAGACCAGCCUGAGGACAUGGAAGUGGUUGAUCUGGACAUGCUGGCUCCGUAUAUCUCCAUGGAUGAUGAUUUCCUGCUCAGCGUCCAGCUCCCUGAGCCCCCUGACAGCCCCUCCCCAGAGCCCCCCACUGCUACCAGGAAACGACGGUGGUGUUGGAGUGACAGACGGUGGUGUUGGAGUGACAGACGGUGGUGUUGGAGUGACAGACAGUGGUGUUGGAGUGACAACAGUUCGGAUCGUUUUGGAGAGCCGAGGCAGGAUGAAGACAUGCCUCCCGCUGAUGAGUCAGCACAGAGACUGAGACACUCGGUGUCUCCCAUCGAGCAGGAAACUGCUCUUCUCAGCUACACCCUACUGGACUGCCUGGAGGAUAUAGACAGCCCAGAGUUGGAGCCACGCAGGCGGAGUCAACUGCUGACGGACAGGGACCCCAUCCUCGGGGAAGCCCAGGGACGAUGUGACACCGCAGCCUUGAUGAGGGACCUCUUCUUGUGCCGCCCACCUGACCCCCUGACCUCCUCUCUGACUUGAGGAAGCAGCUGCCAAUCAUCCCCUGCCAGCUGCGGAGUUCUGAGAUCAUGGCGCCUCAACAGGAUUCACACACUCCCCAACCAGACGUGCGCAUUCUCUCUYCCAGCGCCUCCAACUCAGACUUCGUCACGCUGGCCAGCUAUGUCCACAACAA